UCUUCGUCCUCAGUAGCAAUUGUGAAGUUACCGAGUGUGGGUGUGGGGUCGGUUGCUCCUGAACUUCUGUGUUUGCCGACUCGACGUCGAUCCCUGUCAUUAUAGCUUGUUUUGUGACGUGAAAUAAUUAAUUUUAAAUUGGCAGCUUACAUACGAUUGAUGUUCCUGAUGCAUAUACAUCUUGGGGCGGGAUAAAUCGUGGUAUUCGUACACAUAUUGUGUCUUCAUUGAUGCUGCACUGCAUAACUCAGAGAACGCAGUGGACUUCGAGAGUGGCAAGAUUACACAAGAAGCAUGUCGUCCAGUGAAGAAGUCGAAACUUGAACGGCAAAAGUCCAUGCAAAAUGACUGGCUGUGAUCUCAAAGGAUCUGACAACGGCUGCGGGUGAAGAGUGUACUGUGCAAGUGGAAUACAAUACCUAUACGUGAUCGCUAAUGAUGGAUAUGAUGCCACCAGGACCAUGAAAAUGUGUCGCUUGAGGCUAGUUUUGAGUUAUAUAACUACGCUGUUGCUGUAGUGAGUGCGACCUGUUAGUUACAGGAGUUUCGCGGAGCUAUAUGAAGAGACUGUGCUUAUGAAAGCGAAAAUUCCUAGCUGAUUGAUCAAUGACAACCGUUUCAAUCUGGAUGGAAAGCAAGUAUCGUUAAAUUUUUAAUGAAUCGUUUGCUGCGGAAAAAUUAAUUUAAAUUUGUAUUGUUAAAAGAAAAGUGAGAUCAGCAGUGAGCGGAAUGCCGUCGGGAAUAAGCGGUUCGCGAUUGCUGCUGGCGGUGAGCCUGGCGUGGCUCCUAGCCGAUGUUCAAGGCCAGUACCGCUCGCCCAGCAUCGUGGAGCACCCGGCGGACGUUCUGGUGCGACGCGGGGAGCCUGCCACCCUCAACUGUCAGGCAGACGGCAAACCCGAGCCUCGCAUCUCAUGGUACAAGAACGCCAAGCCACUCCAGUUCACGGAGGUGGGGCGCCACGUGGUGCUAGCCGCCGGGGACCUGUUCUUCCUGCAAGUGAUGCAAGACGCGCACAACGACGACACCGGCGUCUACUGGUGCGUUGCCUCCAACACCGUCGGCAGCAUCCGCAGCAACAACGCUACCGUCGAAAUUGCCGAACUGGGCGAGGAGUUCCUACAGGUGCCACAGAACACGCGUGUGGGGGAGGGUGAGGUGGCCAUGCUUGAGUGUCAGCCCCCGCCAGGGUCGCCGCCCCCCGUCGUCACCUGGUCUAAGGACGGCAGACCUCUAGACCCUGCCGUCAACCACAGGUUGUCUUGCUCUCCACCCGCCACACUCACCGUGCUGGUGAAACCACAUUUGGUGUCGUCAUCGGGUGAUGUCACCACCGAGUCUGGAGCGACCGUGGAGCUGGUGUGUCGUGUUGGGGGAGACCCCCAGCCGGAGGUGUUCUGGGGGAGGGUGAGCCCUGCGGGGGCGCAGCUCCCUCAUGAGAGACUCACUCAAGAGGAGCAGGGACAGGUGCUACGCCUACGUCACGUGUCUCCUGAAGACGCUGGCGUCUACUCCUGCACCGCUGAGAAUCCUGUAGGAAUCGUAGCUACCAAUACCAGCCUCAUCGUGCACUCCAUGCCGGUGUUCACGAAGAAGCCCAAAGACGCCAGAGUUGGAGUCGCUGGCACGGCGCGGUUUGAAUGCGUUAUCGCCGGCAGCCCUGAGCCUACGACCUACUGGACCCAUGAAGGGUCUGGUCUAAUAGUGAGCCUUGGUCAGACCUGGGCUGGGGGCAGGGUGAGUGUAGACGGUCAUAACACGCUCACCAUCGUCGGUGUCCAGGAAGAAGACUCUGGGUACUAUGCCUGCGUCGGAGUUGGGGAAGCUGGGUCGGCCAUCGCCAGGGCCUAUCUUGAAGUACAAGGAGUGUCGGAUAUGCCGCCCCCCAUCAUUGCCGUUGGUGCGAGCAACCAAACCCUCCCCCUAGGCACCGAAGCAGAGCUGCCCUGUGAAGCAACAGGCACUCCUGAACCUCAGGUGCUGUGGAGCUUCCAAGGGCAGCCCAUAGACCCGAGCUCUGUACGUCACAGCGUCACACCGCUCGGCACACUCAGGAUUGUGGGGUUGCUGACAUCUGACAGCGGCAUCUACACCUGCACUGCAACCAGCAUUGCUGGCAGCAGCCAAUGGCAAGCCUCUUUGGCCGUGCAUAAAGCAACCAAUCCUAACAUUCCCUUCCACAAGAUGUUCUGGGACUCAGACUUGCCAGAACCUCCUCAGAACCUCAUGGUUCUGCUCAUUAACUCAACGCAGGUGACCCUUGGCUGGAGCCGUGGGAGGCCAGGUUCGUCUUCAAUUCGUAGUCACAGCGUCCAGUAUUGGAGUCCUGACCUGCGAGGUCCCUGGAGAGAAGCUACCAUCAUCCAACCGCAGCACCACAUCGCCACGCCCCUCGGCACCACCGUCACUAACCUGGUGCCCAGCACUCGCUACGUAUUCACUGUACGAUCACGCAACAAAGACUGGGUGUCUCGACCUGCUACAUUUACGAACGUUAUAAGAACGCUGGACAGCGACCGGGGCCGCAAUUCUCUGUCGGGAGGCGAUGUUGUGUUAUCCUUGGGGGACGCGCGCAUGCGACUUAAUUCUGCUACUGUUCGAUUAGUGGCCGUUGAGGCAAUAUCCAGCACGAGUCUCAAAGUCUCAUGGCGGUUCGUCGUGAACGACAUCAGUGUCCUAGACGGAGUUUACGUGCGUUAUCGGCCUCUGAAUGACAAGAAUCAGCCGGUUGGUGCUCUCAGCGUUGAAAUUAUUCGUUUUCCUACAAGAGGCGAGCGGUCUACUGCCAACGCCAACGAUAAUGAAAUGCAAGCUAAUCCUCCUGAUUUUAUAUCGAGUCACUCCAGGAUUGAUUCCUCGCCUCCAAAGUUCCUUUCAAGUUCACGUGAUCACCCACAUGCAGCCAACAAUCCUCCAACUAGUCAUACUAUUGAUAACCUGCGACCCGCUACGAGCUAUGAGAUUUUUGUAGUACCUUUCCAUAGAACUAUUGAAGGGCAGCCUACUUCGUCGAUGAGAAGAACUACAAUGGUGGCUCCAAUAUUCGCGAUGCCAACUGGUCUUCAUUUCAAAGCAAUAAAUGAAACCUGCGUGCAGGUUUCCUGGGAUCCAUUGCCAGCCAGUCUUGAAAUAGCAGGAAGGCUCAAAGGUUACAACUUACAGGGUGUGGAAGCGUCAAAUGAUCACGUUCUGGUUUACAACUCCACAACGAACGCUACGACUGUCAUAGUAUCAAACCUGAAGCCGGGCGUUGCUUACGACUUUUCGGUGCGAGGUCUAACCAGCCUCGGCUUGGGACCCCCGUCUGACAUUCUGAGAUUCGUGCCUAGCAUUGAAUAUGCCACCAAAACAGUGCCCAAUAAUUCCAUCCCUUCGUCGACAGCAGCUAGCAACACUUACAUGAUUAUCGCCAUUGUGUGCGCUGCAAUACUUGUCUCUAGUUUCCUCCUUGGCGCUGUCAUCUACAUCUAUCGAAAGAGGAAUCUCUCCAAGUGCCCACAUUAUUUUUCAUCUAAAGCUGACAGUUGCACUGGACCUUGGUCAGCCCAUUCAGGAUGCUGGGAAGACGGCAGCAAUACUGGUGCUAUCAGCACUACCCGCUACAAUGACGGUACAGUGUCAGCAAUGAACAACACUCGGUACAAUGAAGGGACGCCAGCUGGUCUCACUAACAUAAGGUACACAGACUUGUGCGGCAACGCGACCACGAUUUACACCGAUGGAGGUGGGCAGUUCUACGUCGCCAACGACAGCAAAAGUGGCUAUGAAAUUCGCGCUUCUGAAGACAUGAUGUACGAAGACCCAGAGGGACUGAGACUCGUUUCCUUCAAAGGACGCCACAAUCUCCGAUGCGCGUCGCCUGAGCCGUACGCCACCACGCCACUCAUCGCCGGCUGCAAGGACCCCGCGUAUCCGCGGUCACAGAAGGGGACCAAAAUGAGCGCCUCGCGUCUGCCACCGAAUAUUCCCAACAUACCUCCGGCAGAACUCACGCACAACUUUAAUACGCAUUCCGAUAAAGGCUCCAUGGUCUCUGGUCCGAUACUUCAGUUCCCCCCUCCCCCUCCGCCUCCUCUGAACGCUGCUGAAGGAGGCGGCAGCAGCAGCAGCACGACAGCGUCCAGCAACAGUCGCGGAGCGGUCAGCAAUAACGCUCCCUCUAGGGGCGGUUCAUCACAACAUUUGUUUCUUCAACAUUUGCCUUACCACACGACAGCGGGUAGUAACUCAAGUGCCUCACAUCACACGUCACCUUUGCUGCAUCCACGACAAAGCAGGAGUCCCGCAUCGCAAGUGUCUCCAAACAAUGUAAAAACUAGUCAAGUCAGCCCAACUCACUUGUUGUCCAACGGCAACUUCCAGAAUCAGCACCGGGCUCAAAAUGUCUGUCCGGUUUACGGCCAGAAUGAAGUCGAUCCGUUUAUCCAUGCCAACAAUAUCAUAGCCGCCAGGAACCAAGACAACAAGAGGGCUGGUUUGGAAAAUUGGCUCAACACGAGCGUCGGAAAACCUACCUCGGACCACGGGUUCACAGCAGGCGCCUAUUUUCUGGCGAACCGUAGAUGCAACUCUCCAGAAUCUUCAGCUAUGGGUGACGCUGAUGAAAGCGAUGAUAAAGAAGGAGAAGAGUCGUGCUGGUCAGAAGGGUCACAUGGCACUAAUGAGAACGAAGUAUCCACGAAUGGCUCAGUUAGUGGCUCGAUGUCAUCAUUAAAUCCAGAUUUGAACUGGACCGAAGCUGUCAGACUCAUGAGCGAAAACAAAUGGCCCCAUGGGUCUCCUAAGCGUCCAUCAGAUGCAGUUUUCAACAAGUUCUCGAGCAUCACUGAUGCUGCUAGUAAUGCGUAUGUCUCUGAGAACAAUGCCCAACGGAUAGAUGAAGAAAUGGAAGCCAAGCGCAAAUUACUGAGUGGAAACCACUAUCCGACGUCUAGCGAUAAUCUAGUCCACGAUGACGGCAACAGCUUUGUAUGCUCGCUCCCGCCUGACGGUAUCAAUGCAAUCAACAAUAGGAAUAGUUCCAAGAAGCACGAUGCCGCAUCGUCUAGUGAGGGAAAUAAAUUAAGAAAUCCUGAAACGAGUCACUCGCGCAAAACCUCUAUAACAUCUCCUUUGGUUUAAAGAUAUUUUGUGUUCACGUGAAACCAUGUCGCUGUGCCGCAAUUAGCCUUCAUAUUUUGAAAUUUAAAUUUUUCUAUCACGAAUGAAUAAUGUUAGGCAGAUUUAACGCUCGAAUGGGUCUACGAUGACUCUCGUUAAAAAAAUUCUAUCAAUCUCACGCAUUUCAUCUUUUUCUAAUUCAAUAUAAUUUUUUUUCACAGAAAUGACCGAAUCCUUUUGAUUUAGACAGACCUUUUAUUAAUAACAAGAAAAUGCUUCUUGGAACCUACCGUUUCCUUUCAGUGAUGUAUCAAUUAGAUAAUUUUCCACCACUCGACUUCGGCAUUAAUGUAAAAAAAACAUGCCUAUGUUUACAAACGUAAGGGCGUUCGUAUCAUGUUUGUUAUCUUUAUAACGAAUGGAUAUUUUGUUAUCACUCAUAAACGUGCAUUCAUUAUUUUAGAAUGUUUUAGAAAAGUCACGGAUUUAGCAUAGCCUAAUUUUCAAUAUACCGAUGCGGUAGAUAUUUUGAGAAUUGUUUAGGCUUGAAGUGCUUUAUACGAUCAUGAUUACUCCCUGCUCACUUGAAUAGCGUUCGAUGUCGUACAUUUAAUAUGUAGUUUAACAACACCCGUAGAACUCCUGAGUAAAACUAGAUUAACUAGAAAAUAUUUUGAGGCAGCAAACGUUAUGGAUGCAUUUUAGCGGGAAGAUAAGGACCAAGUAACGUGCCAUGGGCAUUGAGUAGAAAAUGUAAGGGGUUCAAACACUUCUUACGAUAUCUUUUGCUGGCGGCCAUAGGUAGCAUUUUUCAUUAUUUUGGGAAACUGUUUGAAUUGUCACGUUUCAGACAUUUUGUAAGAGUAAAUCAAAUAAUAAUCACACAAUAUUCUCGUGAAAUGAAUACGCGUUUAAUAUUAGAAUAAAUGUAUAUGAAGAGACAAUCGAGGUGGAGAAAAGGGUUGCAAAACACAAAGCCAACCAUUUUUUAAUCGCACCGGCAUGAGGUGAUUGAGGCUUUUCGCCAAGCAAAAUGUAGGUACAGUAGCAAGCGAAGUAAUAAGGUUGCAUGCGAAACAGUAAUUUGCAAUAAAAGGUUUUUUUUUUU